AUGAUAUCCCUGAGAAUAUCAUCAUCUUCUGCACCAAUUCCAACAUAUAAAUCCUCACCUCACCAAAACUCCACAUUUUGUGUGCCUCUUUGGCGGGCUCACAUGGCAGAUCGCCCUUCUUACAAGAAAUUAUCUGCCGCCAUUAAAGCUCAACAGGUUGAAUUGAAAGGUGAGUCAGCUACAUUUUCGGAGGCUAGAAUUUCCGAUAGAGAUGCUCUCACAAUAAAAGAAUGGGAAGUUGCAAUGUAUCAAGAGGAGAUUGCAGUGAGUCAAGGUAUUAAGAUCAGGAGGCGGCCACCAGCUGGACUGCCUCUUGGCUAUGUGGGCCCUUUGGAACUUUGUAUGAAGAAUCAGGGCAGUAGCAGCCCCCACAAUAUUCUUGAAGAAAUUGUAUGGUACAAGGAUUUGGAAGUCACUCAGAUGAAAGAGGGAAAACCACUUUCGAUGCUGAAAACGAUGCUUGAUAGUGCUCCACCUGUUAGAGAUUUUGUUGGAGCUCUUAAGAGGGCAAAUUCACGGACUGGUUUUCCUGGAUUGAUUGCUGAGGUGAAAAAGGCCUCCCCAAGUAGAGGGGUUCUGAGAGAAGAUUUUGAUCCUGUUCAGAUUGCUAAAGCUUAUGAAAAAGGUGGAGCAGCUUGCCUCAGUGUUUUGACUGACAAGAAGUAUUUUCAGGGGGGCUUUGAAAAUUUGGAGGCAAUAAGGAGUUCUGGAGUAGAGUGCCCUCUCUUGUGUAAAGAAUUUGUAAUAGAUGCUUGGCAAAUCUACUAUGCUCGAGUGAAAGGUGCAGAUGCGGUUCUCUUAAUUGCUGCUGUAUUAGCCGAUCUUGAGAUCGAGUACAUGAUUAAGAUAUGCAAAUCGCUAGGGUUAGCAUCACUGGUUGAGGUGCAUGAUGAGAGAGAAAUGGAUCGUGUUUUAGAAAUUGAGGGGAUUGAACUUGUUGGCAUCAAUAACCGUGACCUUGGGACAUUUAAGGUAGAUAUUAGCAACACCAAAAAGCUUCUUCAAGGUGAGCGUGGAGAAAGGAUACGUGAGAAGGGUGUUAUCGUGGUCGGAGAGUCUGGACUUUUUACUCCAGCUGAUAUUGCAUAUGUACAAGAAGCUGGUGUUAAAGCGGUACUGGUAGGCGAAUCGAUUGUUAAACAGAAGGACCCUGCUACAGGAAUAAAUAAACUGUUCGGCAAAGAUAUAUCUUUGUGA